AUGAAAUCUUAAAAUUUUGUUAAAUUAAUAACACCUUUUCCUUUAUUUAUUUAUAAAGAAAAUGAAACUAAAUUUUUAGCUUCAGAAAUUUAAUUAAAUAUGUUGAGAAUUUAUUCAAAAUUUGAAUUAGUAUUUUAGAUUGUUAAAUAGAUAAAUUAGAGGUUCUUUAAUUUGACUAAUGUAUCUAUAAUCUAUUUAUAAUUCAUGUAUUCAAGGGGGGUUUUUGAUAAAAAAUCAAGUUUAAUAGAUUUGAGUUAUUAGCAUUAUUCUAUAACAUUUACCAUAUUUUUAUAUUAUUAGCUCUACAUUCUUUAAGAAACUAUCUAUAAACCUAAAUAGUUUAAUUUUUUAAAACUCUAUUAAGCAUUUAAUAAGCUUUAAAAAACAUUUUAGGUUUGGAAAUCUCCAUAAUUAAAGUACUCAAAUUUGUUUAAUUUGUCUUAGCCUUAAAAUAGAUCCUCUAUUUUGUCAAUUUAGAUUUGUUGUUAUAUGUUACACCAGUCAAAACAAACUUAUACUGAUGUUAGAUAUUUCAUAGUGGAUAAGAAAGUUAGAAUCUAAUUUAAUUAAUAAAUUUAAUCUUCUUCAAAGUGCAUUAUUAAUUCAUUUUAUGUUUAUUUUAUUUAACUUUAUUUUUCUUAUAUCCACUCUAUUUCAAUUAGUUUUUUCAAAUAUAUUUUUUAUAUUGAAUUUGAGUUUUUGCUUUUUACCAAAUUUUCUAAAAUGAAAUUUGCUUUAUCUAAUAAAAAGUUUUAUUUAAAACUAAAUCUAUAAUUUUCUUAAUUAAAUGGAAUUAAUUUAAAUAAAAACUCAGCACCUUAGCUUCCUAAAUAGACAUUUUUAUCUACAUCUAAUUCAAAAGAGUAUUUAUUUUCUUAAUCACUGUUGAAUAAGCAGUUAUUGUUUUUCUUCCAUAUCAAAUAGCUAUUACUUUCUGAAACAAAUAUUUUUUAAUAUAUUUACUUAAUUUAAACUUGA